GACUCGGCCUACAAAAAUGGAGCCGUACUAGCUGAUGAGAUAAUGUUAUAGGACAGACAAGGACACGGCUCGGAUGGUGCACCCCUUCACUCUUAUGAGGGACGCUGGGAAGCGCAGGUUUCAGGAUGAUUCCAGUUAAUGAGUUCCGGAACAUUGCUACUGAACAGAACCCCCGCUUCCGGGUUCUAAAGCCUUGGUGGGAUGUGUUCUCUGAAUACCUGUGCAUAGCUAUGCUAAUGAUUGGAGUCUUUGGGUGCACUGUGCAGCUCACGCAGGAAAAGAUCUCCUGCCUCCCUGAUCGCAUCAGUGGGACGUCACAUGAAGACAUAGACUGCAACCACCUCCGACAACCCAGACUGAACCAGAGCCCGUGGGAGCAUGCAAUCACCAAGCAGAUCGCCCAAAACGUUGUGGAGGUAUUCGGCCGCAAGAACGACCUGGACAUCCACCAGUACAUCUUCAUCAACAGUUUCUGCUAUGAAAGGGCAGUACAUUGGUAUGGCAAGUUUUUUCCGUACCUAGUAGUCAUACACACCAUGAUUUUUAUGGUGGCUAGUAGCUUCUGGUUCAAGUUCCCCGGAACAUCAUCCAAGAUUGAGCUGUUUGUAACGAUCCUGGGGAAGUGCUUUGACUCUCCCUGGACCACACGGGCGAUCAGCGAGCUGUCUGAGGACAGGCAAGAAGAGCAAACAGUUACAUGGAGAAAAAACAAUGCUCAGAGACCGUCAGCAGUGGAAUGCCCGGAUGGGGAGGUCAAAAGUGCCAUCUUUAUCCGAACAAUGUCUGUGGUGUCCAACACGGGGAAGAACGCACUGGAGUCUGAGCCUGCCACAUCUGUCUUGGACAAGAAGGAAGGUGAGCAGGCCAAGGCUCUAUUUGAGAAGGUGAGGAAAUUUCGGACACACGUAGAGGAGGCAGACCUUCUCUACAUCAUGUACAUACUCCAGACAUCGCUCAAAGUCUUAAAAUUUGCCAUCAUUACUAUUUACAGUGUUGCUCUGGUGCCAAAUAUUGAGAUUGUUGUGACAUGCAUAGUCCCACCACACCUGACUGGUUUCAGUGUGUUCUGCUGCAAUCAUAACAAAGCACACCUUUUCUCCAAACUGGCCUACUGUUACAUCUGCUUUGUUGGUGUGUAUGGUCUACUGUGCAUCUAUUCCCUUUACUGGCUGUUCCAUCGGCCUCUGAAAGUGUACUCUUUUGAGCAAGUGCGACUGGAGACAGGGAUAAAUGACAUUCCUGAUGUUAAGAAUGACUUUGCAUUCCUCUUGCACCUCAGCGACCAGUACGAUGCUCUCUACUCCAAGCGCUUUGCUGUGUUUCUCUCCGAGGUAAGCGAGAGCCGGUUGGGUCAAGUCAACCUCAACCUUGAGUGGCCCAUCAAGAAACUCCGCACACGUCUUUCCCGAAAUGCCAGCAACCGUUUAGAGCUGCACUUGUUCAUGUUGCCAGGGCUUCCAGACACUGUGUUUGAACUUCAGGAAGUAGAAUCUUUGAAACUGGAAGUGAUAAGCAAUGUGACGAUCCCUGCCACAGUGAUCCAACUCAUUGCUUUACAGGAACUUUCCCUCAUUCACUGUCCUGCAAAACUUCAGCUAGCAGCCUUCACACACCUGCGGGACAACCUUAAGGUCCUCCGCAUUACCUUCGAGAGCCUUGAGCAGUUACCCAUGUGGAUGUACACCUUGCAGAGCCUGGAGGAGCUCCACCUCAGUGGCCCACUCACCAGUGAACUUUCGCGCAGCACCAUGUUGGACACCUUACGGGAGCUCAAGAACCUCCGUGUGCUGAUGAUACACAGCAAGCUGACCAAGAUCCCUUCCAGCGUGGCAGAUGUGGCCGGCCACCUGCUAAAGCUGCGUGUGCACAACAGUGGUGGCAAGCUCCAGGCCUUCAGCAGCCUGAGGAAGCUGGUGAACCUGGCCACACUGGAGCUGAUGGCCUGCGAGCUGGAGCGCCUCCCAAGCGCCAUGUUCAGUCUGGCCAAUCUGCAGGAGCUAGACCUGAAGGAGAACAGGCUGACCACCGUGGAGGAGAUCCUGAGUCUGCAGCACUGCCGACGGCUGAACACACUCAGGCUGUGGCACAACUCCAUUGCCUAUAUGCCUGAGGACAUCAGUAAGCUCCGCUCGCUUGAGACGCUAGACCUGAGCUGGAACAAGAUACGGAGGCUGCCGCCGCGGCUCUGCUACUGCACCAGGCUCCGCCUCCUGGACCUGUCCCACAACCAGCUUACCUCGCUGCCACCAGAGAUUGGGAUCCUGCAGAGCUUGUGGCACUUUUCAGUGGCCUACAACUCCCUGGAAGUGCUACCAGAUGAGCUGUUCUCCUGUAAGAGGCUGAGGACUCUGGAUUUGGGGAACAACAGCAUUGCCUUGCUCUCUGCAAGAGUUGGGAACUUGGCUCAUCUAGUGACUCUGGAGCUAAAGGGGAACAGGCUGGAGUCUCUGCCCAUGGAAAUAGCAGACUGUAGCUUUUUGAAAUUAACCGGGCUUAUUGUGGAAGACAGCCUGCUCGACACAUUACCUUCUGAUGUCAAACACAGAAUGAGUGAAAGGUGAACAGGAAUUAGAUACACAUUUGACACAUUAAAAGCCCACUGGACUGGGGGAUGUGGAUUGCCUUGAGCUGAUUCUAAAACAAGCAGGAGAAAUUACAUUGGACUGGAACCUGAGCUGGAUCUAGAACACUAGUUUGUAGUUUGAAAUAUGAGUCAUACAACUUUGGAACUAAUGUUAAAAACGUUCCUGAUGCCAUAUUAUUCAUGUAGUUAUUUGCUUAGGAAGAACACAAAUCUAACUGCAUAAACUGGGUACCUUGGGACACCUCAGGCAAAUUUUGUAGCUGGACAUAAACACAAGCUUUUAGCUACUCAAUGGAUUUCAAAUGAACAGUCAUCAUAAUUAAAUGAUAUUCAUUUUAAUUGCCCCAUUAAGUGCCUUAGUAUUUGAUACUUUUGUACCUUCAUUGUGAUAAAGGUUUCAUUUAGAUUGUAUGGCUGAUUUGUUUAUUAAUACACUUGAAUAACACUCUUAUUCAGUCCUGUUGUUUGUUAUUUUGUACAGCCUGUUACUGAGCUGUAUCUGGUGAGAUUUUUUUACCUGAAUCACGAGGAAGACACAAGUUGUUUUUUACAUGAAGCCAGACACACCUCCCAGAUGA